AUGUCUAGUAUGAGAGGCUUGACUAUGUUUAUCUCUGACAUAAGGAACUGCCAGAGUAAAGAUCUAGAGGAGAAAAGAGUUCUGAAAGAAAUGUCCAAGAUAAGAGAGCUAUUUUCCAAUACAAGAAAAACCUUGAGUGCUUAUGAUAGGAAGAAAUAUGUGUGAAAGCUUCUUUACUGUUUUAUGCUUGGCUAUGACGUUGAUUUCGGACAUAUGGAAGCAAUAAACAUGAUCUGCUCUCCAAGAUACAGUGAAAAGUUCACUGGCUACAUGGCUGCCUCUCUCCUUUUGCAUGCCAAUUCUCCAUAUCUUGAACAAGUUGUCAACGCUAUUAGAAAUGAUAUAGUUUCUUAUGAUAUAGCUCACCAGUCCCUCGCAUUAUCUACUGUAGCAAACCUAGGCGGACAGCUGCUUACAGCUGAGCUUUCACAAGAUGUAAUUCGUAUUAUCAGAGGAGAAGGCUUUGGGCUUGACUUCGAAGUUAACAAAAAGGCACUUACUUGCUUAACAAGGCUAUAUAAACAAGAUAAAACCAUUAUAAAUCCGGCAGAAUGGGGUGGGAAGAUAUCUGAUUUGAUGGAUACAAGGUCAGUUGGGAUGCUUUUGGCAACAAGCAGCUUAUUAUUGGAAAUGAUGAGGCAAAAUGGCUAUGAAAAUUUUAUAUCAUGCUUUACUAAAAUUCUCCAGCAUCUUUAUAGACUUGUGAUGCUUAAAGAAGUUUCUGCUGAUUAUCUAUACUAUCAAACCCCUUGUCCGUGGCUCCAAAUAAAGCUUCUCAAGCUUUUACAGAUGUUCCCUUACCCAACAGAGCCAAGAAUUUGUUCAGAUAUCAACGAAGUUCUAGAAAAAAUUACUUCACAGACCGAAGUCACCAAAAAUGUGAAUAAAAACAACACUGAUCACGGAAUCCUCUUUGAAGCCAUCAAUUUAAUGAUCCAUUAUAAAGACAAUAUCCCAGAAAGCUUAAGAACCCAAUGCUCAGCCUUGCUUGGGAGGUUUAUUUCUGUAAAAGAGCCAAAUAUCCGAUAUAUAGGACUUGAAACGAUGGCAAAGCUUGCUGAACAUCCUGAUGGCCAGUAUAUGAUAGAAAGGCACCAAAGCACUGUGAUGAUUUCUUUAAAAGACCCUGACAUUUCUAUCAGAAAAAGAGCUUUAGACGUACUUUUUGGGAUGUGUAAGCAAAGCAAUGCUAAUGAAAUCGUGGGAGAAUUAUUAGAUAGCCUUCCUGAAGCACAGUUUAAUAUAAAAGAAGAUCUAGUGCUUAAAACUGCACUAUUGGCAGAAAGAUUUGGCCAGAAUUUGAAGUGGUAUAUUGACGUAAUAAUAAGGCUAAUUACUUUUGCAGGGGAUUAUGUGUCAAAUGAUAUAUGGCACCGCGUAAUUCAAGUAGUCACUGGUUUUGGUAGCAGCAUUGAUACAGAGCUGCAAGAAUAUGCAGCCACUCAAGCGUAUAACGCUUUAAAUAACUCUCACGCCCAUGAAAAAAUGGUGAAAAUGGGCUCAUACUUGAUAAGUGAGUUCAGCCAAUACAUCGUCAACAAGCCUGACAUGAACCCUCAAGCUUUAUUUGAAAUUUUAAACAGGCAUUUCCCUGUAUGUUCAUCUGAGACCAAAUGUAUGGUCCUUACUGCUUAUAUGAAGCUCAGCCACAACUAUCCUGACCUUCUAAUGUCCGCAAUCCCAGUCUUCGAGCACCAUACUAUGCAUAUAGACCCAGACCUCCAACAAAGAGCUAUUGAGUAUUAUAACCUCUGCAAAGACACUUAUGAGGCUAUCAGAAAUGAAGUCCUAGACGUCAUGCCUACCUUUAGCGAAGACAUAAAAAACCAAAAUAUGCUUAUUAGAAGAAUGGUGCACAUGGACCACCACACAGAAGCUGCCAAAACUGAGAAACCUGUAGAAAUCAAGCCUAAUAUGGCUCCAGCUGCCCAGAUUCCUCAGCAACCCCCUAAGCCUGCAAUUGUUGAUCUUUUAGAAAUUUAG